AUGCUUGGAUUCACCAUCAAGAGACAAUUGAUUCUGUAUUCAAGCUCGGUAACAAGUCCGAGGGUAAUAAAGAUUGGAAGUAGAAUGGUACAACAGCAAAGUUUGGCUAGGUUUUUCUCUAGCUCCAGCUCCAAUGCCGAGCCAAAGGUGAAGAGAGUUAAAACCGAGCAGAGAAGUGAAGCGGAAAAGGUUGAAGCAAGGGAGAACGAUGUAGCGCCAUUGGAGGUUAAGAAAGAGUAUAAUGAUAAGGAAAACUUCAAAUUGGAAGAGGGGAAAGAAAAUGUGGAUGUGGAUGUGGAUGUGAAUGAAAAUAGACCUUCCUCUCCGGCUGUAGAUUCUCUAGAAGGCAAUUCAAAGAUUCUUGAAUUGAUGAAGAAGGAUGGGCGCACUGGUGCUGGUGCUGGCACAGGUACAGAUACUCCAGUGAGUUCUAAACCCAUUCCUUACUCUAAACUUACAAAUAUCUUCGAAAGUAUUGAAGGUAUUUCUUCCAGGUUGUCCAUCACUGCGCUCAUCUCUGAGUUGUUUUUGGAGGUAUUACAGCUGACUGAGAACCCUAAGACUUUAUCCAAAGUGGUGUACCUUUGCAUUAAUAGAUUGGGCCCGGACUAUGAACCAGACUUGGAGUUGGGUCUCGGUGAAACGUUGCUUAUAAAAGCAAUCAGUGAAUGCUAUGGUAGAGAAACGUCCAGGACCAAGAAGGAAUACCAAGAGGUUGGGGAUUUGGGGUUAGUUGCUGAAAAGUCAAGAUCCGGUCAACGAACGAUGUUCAAGCCUUCUGCGUUAGACAUUGAUACCGUGUUUGAAAAAUUGACCCAGAUUGCUAAAACUACAGGAAAAGAUUCUCAGACGAAGAAGAUUUCCAUAAUAAACAAGAUGUUGACUGCUUGUGAUGCUAAGCAACACGAGGCAAAGUUUCUUAUUCGUUCAUUGGAAGGAAAGUUGAGGAUUGGGUUGGCUGAGAAGACUGUACUUAUUUCUUUGGGGCAGGCAUUUGUAUUAUAUGAAAUGCAGAAAUCCAACAAUAAAAAGUUACCUUCUCCUGAAAGACUAUCUCAAGCUGAAGAGAUUGUGCGUGAGGCCUUCUCCACCGUGCCCAACUAUGAAUUGAUUAUAGUAAAUGCAUAUAAGUAUGGUAUCUUCAAUCUUUUGGAACAUUCUCAGUUGACUCCAGGUGUACCAUUGAAACCGAUGUUAGCUAAACCAACCAAGUCUAUAUCUGAGGUCUUAGAUAGAUUCCAAGGAGAAGAAUUUACUUGUGAGUAUAAGUACGAUGGAGAAAGAGCUCAAAUACAUUUCUUCGAUGGGCAAAUUAAAAUUUACUCUAGAAAUUCCGAAGAUAUGUCUCAGAGAUAUCCAGACUUGUUACAGGUUAUGUCUGAUGUCUUUAAGAAAGAGGACGGAGUUAAGAGUGAUUCAUCAUUAAUUUUGGAUUGUGAAGUUGUGGCAUACGAUAUCGAAAAGGAUAAAAUCCUCCCUUUCCAAGUACUUUCUACCAGGAAACGUAAAGGUGUAGAGGAAAAAGAUAUAAAGGUCAGAAUUUGUCUCUUCAUAUUCGAUAUACUAUUUUUCAAUGGUGAGCCAUUGAUAAGUAAAUCACUUGCUCAACGUAGGCAAGUUAUGUUCGAUAACUUGACUCCAAUAAAAGGUAGAUUUCAAUUUGCUACUGCUAAAAAUUCAUCGAAUUUAGAUGAAUUACAAAUAUUCUUAGAUCAAUCCGUCAAAGAUUCGUGUGAAGGGUUAAUGGUUAAGAUGCUCAAUGGUAAAGAAUCAUACUAUGAGCCAUCUAAAAGAUCAAGAAAUUGGCUCAAAUUGAAGAAGGAUUACCUUGCUGGAGUGGGAGAUUCUUUAGAUCUAGUAGUGGUAGGAGGUUAUGUUGGUAAGGGAAAGAGAACAGGAACCUACGGUGGAUUUCUUUUGGCUGCUUAUAAUCAAGAUACUGGUGAAUAUGAGACAACUUGCAAGAUUGGUACUGGUUUCUCUGAUGAGGCAUUGCAGCAAUUGUUUGAUAAAUUGAAACCCACUGAAAUAAUGCAUGCUAAACCAUUUUACGUAUACGAAACGAACAACUCUAAUGCGGUACCGGAUGUGUGGUUUGAACCAACAAUGGUAUUUGAGGUAUUGACAGCCGAUUUAUCUUUGAGUCCGAUCUAUAAAGCUGCCCAUAAUGAGUAUUCGAAAGGUAUUUCGUUAAGAUUUCCAAGAUUCUUAAGGAUAAGAGAUGAUAAGGGAGUUGAGGACGCUACCUCAUCCGAUCAAAUUUCUGAAAUGUAUCAAAGGCAAGCAAGCGUUAACUAA